UUUUCUCCAUCUGUGUGUUCACCAAAUAUAAACAUGUAGACCCAGAAGCUGUUGACCCUUGGAGGAGAAAAUUUCCAGUUAACACUACAAAGGAGUAUACUACAAAAGAUGUUUGACAUAGCAACACUUCCUUUGCGCUAGCUGGCUUGACUAAACCUGAAACUCUCAGUCAGUGAUAAGGGGUAUCUUUCAACUUUCUCUGUUAAACUUGGUUUUCCGGUUCAGGCUUUGUGUGUCCUGACAUAAAAGGAGGCGUUUCACUCGCCAUAUGACUUUUCUUUUUCACAAAAUGAUUCCAAUCGUAGACAUUAUCAGGUCAUGAUGAUUCAAAAAAAUCCGACAAAAAGUACAACACUACUGGAAAUAAGCAAAGAGAGUAAUGCUGCAACAAGAGUGUUAACAUAAAGAUUUUGACUGGAGUUCAUGUAUUUAUUUUAAAGCUGAUUGCACUCUUGGUGCUGCUGGUUGUUUUUAAUUGGAUUUUUAAUUGGAGCUUGGAAACUUUAGAUUAGAUACAAGUAACAUCACAUGUUACUAUUCCAAGUAGCCCACUAAAGGGGAUAUUAAAAUAGCUUUAGUAAUGUACGCCUUAGCAAGUUGCUCAUGUAAAACUCUGACUUUAAACUCAUCAUAGCUCGCUAACCCAUUGAUCUUGCUUCAUAGUAUACUCUCAAGUCUCCAAAAACAGGUACAAAAUGCAAGAACCCAUAACAAGGCAAUGUGAUAACAAUAAAAAAACUAAUAAAAUAUACAAUAAAUAAAUAAAAUGGUAUGCAAACCCUAGGAUAAAAUGAUUAAUUUGUCAGUUAAAAUAAGCACAUAAAUAUGUUCUUAUGUGGGACGAUUCCAGAGUCUGGUGGCAGAGAAUGGUUGCCUUUAGAUUAUAGACAAGACGAAGAGAAAUUGUUGGGAUGACCUUAAGGAGCAAAAUAUGGAAUUAAAAAACCUGUAAUAUUUUUGUGCAGCUGAUUCAUGAAGGGCUUUAACAAUUAAAAUGUUUAAAAUCAGUUCCUUAUUUCACAGCUGGCCAGUGAGUAAAAACAACAGUGAUGCGUUGUCUUAUAAUACUAUAAGACUAUAAUACUAUAGCCUGGCCAAUGCAAGAUUUUUAAGGCCAAUACUGAUAUAUGGUCAUUUACAAAUAUAAUCAGCCAUUUUUUUCCCUUUCAAACAUAAACAGAUUUGCCUAUCAUUUGGUAGGAGUAGUUAUUCACGAGUCCUUAUUAAGAUAACAUCACAAUGCUUGAUUAUUGUCACAGCAAGCCAUGGAUUACUUGUGUACACUCUGUUUACGCUCUGCCCGACUCUGCUCGGACAAACUGGUUGUUAUGAUUGGGAUAUUCCAAACAAGUGUUGCCAACUGGGAAGUUACACAGUGCCCCCUGGCUGACAGACUAUGCAACAUCUCCCAUCUUAUAUUCAUCGGCCAUUAAAAAUUCUGAUAUCGAUAUGUCACGAAUAUGUGCAGGGAUUUACAGUUAACCAGCUGAGGAGUGACAAAGGUUUGGAUAACUAUUUGUAUUAGCACUUGUAGUUCGUAAGAAGCUGUUCUUCACAACAUUACCUGUUUGAUUGUUAAAAGCUAAGAAUGAAUCCAUAAAAACAUCAAGAUUUAAACUACAGAUCUACAUAUGUGACUAGAGGACCAAAUUAUUUUUGUUUCACUCAAAGAAAGUAGCAGUUAAAAAAUUGACAGUGCUGGAAUUAUUCUGAUUUGCUUUUGGAAGAAACAACAAUAACACAGAGUAACUGAUGCUAUAAAGAGAGAACUGUCAGGGUACUUAAAAUGCUUAAACUGCUUCUGCACAAAAUCAAUUUUGCCUCGAGGAGGCUGCAGUGCAUUGGGCCUUUUUCAUGUUUUAUGUUGCCCGCAUAAAUAUUGUAAGAACUACAGUUCACACUUGAAAGGUUUCCAGGUUUGAGCCGGUUUUUGGAGUGAUACGUUGAGACAAUGUUUGUGUUCUUGUUGUAUACACCUGUAUCCUGUUAUCCUACUCUAGUUUUUUCUUUUAAUGAUUUCAUGUAAUUACUUACUAAUCAAAAACAAUAUGUUAUUAUAGUGUCCCACUAGCUUUACAUCUUAGGCUCAGUAAAACAGUGUGACAGCUGAGGAAUUCAAAUGACACAAUCAGUCAGCAGCUGCACAUUGGCUAUUGUAAACUGCUUAUUAUAUUUGUUAAUUCAUGCAUUUCAGUUUUCUUCAUAAAGACACUCGAACAAGAUCUCUUUAUCCCAGUUGCUUUAAAAAUACUUGCAAAAAUUGCAUUUACACAGAAAAUUUACCAUAUUUUUUUGUAUCAUGAAUAAUGAGGCCAGCCAGAUUCAUUGUUUUCACACUAUUAGUAUGUUAAAGUUUAGCUGAUGGCCUCAUCAUUAUGUGUUAUGUACCGGUACGUUUGAUGGCUGCUUUAUCAGAUGUUCUAGCGAAACUUCCUGGUGGUAAAAGUUUAUGAUAAAGGCUGCCUGAAUGCAGCACAUAACAGGAAGAGUAAACCCUUGCUGAUUUUAACUGAUCAAAGCGGCUCUUGUAGAAUAAUCAGUAAAGUCAUCUGGUGCAGUCUGUGGUUGGAAUGAAACCUGUAGACUCUCUGACUCCGAAACAAGUGGUUGCCCAACCUGCUCUGAAGUGUAGUCUACUCUUGCUGAUAAGUGCUACUCAUUCCCUGAAGAAGUUCUUUAGUGUCUUUUGUGGAUACAUUCUGAGUCUGUGUCAUGGUUUCUGCCUGGCAAGACACACUCCGACAAAAUAAGGCUCCUCAAACCCAUUAAGGAGUUCUUUUGCAGUGGCAUAAGUAGAACUCUGGAUCGAAUAGUUGUGCAGUGUGGGCUCUACGGGGACGUGGUAUAUGGAUGCUGGGACUAUGAGCAUAAGCGACAAACGGGGCUACUUAGCAGACCUAGGAGGCAGCUUCACUGAGGAUGCUCCCAGACCUCCUGUCCCCGGUGAAGAAGGAGAGCUCAUAUGCAGUGAUGGUCGCCAGCACAGCAACCUCGGCUUCUCCUCGAAGAAUGAGAGCCUCAAAUGUGAGCCGUCUGUGGCUACACCCAGGCGAUCUGACUUGGACCUGGGUUACGAGCCGGAGGGCAGCGCUUCGCCAACACCACCCUACUUAAAGUGGGCGGAAUCUCUUCAUUCUCUCCUGGAUGACCAGGAUGGCAUCCUGCUGUUUAGGACGUUCCUCAAGCAAGAGGAAUGUGCAGAUAUGUUGGACUUCUGGUUUGCCUGCAGUGGUUUUCGGAAACUUGAAGCCAGUGAGGUUACUGAGGAGAAGAAGGUGAAACUGGCAAAGCUGAUAUAUAAGAAAUACAUCCUGGACAACAAUGGGAUUGUCUCUAGACAGAUCAAACCAGCUACAAAGUCCUUCAUCAGAGACUGUGUGAUGAAGCUUCACAUUGAUCCUGCCAUGUUUGAUCAGGCUCAGACUGAAAUACAGACUAUGAUGGAGGAAAAUACCUAUCCAUUAUUCCUUAAAUCUGACCUAUAUUUGGAAUACACACGGACAGGGGGUGAAAGCCCAAAGUUGUACAGUGACCAGAGCUCGGUUUCUGGCAAUGGAAAGGGGCUAUCGAGCUAUUUACCACCUUUAAAGGAGUAUGAGGAAUGGAGAUGCGACCAAGGACCAGAGGAGCUGCCUGAGUGCGACCCCACGCCAAGCAGCCGUCUGACUCAGAAGCUGCUGAUGGAGACGGCACAGCAACGAGUUGCCAACAGCACAAGAUUCCAGGACAGUCACGAGUACAGGCAUGCACCAUGUCGGGAGACAAUCAACCCGUACUACGUCAACACUGGCCAUGUUAUGGCUCCUGCCACCAGCGCCAAUGACAGUGAGCAACAGAGCAUGUCCAGUGACGCAGACACCAUUUCCCUUACAGACAGCAGUGUAGAUGGGGUUCCACCCUACAGAUACCGCAAGCAGCAUCGCCGCGAGAUGCAUGAAAGUGCCAGAGCAAAUGGGCUAGUGCCACUACCUCAUAUUCCACGCCCAAACCGGAUUCCAAAGGAUAUACACGUGGAGCCAGAAAGGUUUGCUGCAGAGCUGAUCAGGAGACUGGAGGGCGUACUGAAAGAGAGGGAGGCUCAGGAGAAACUAGAGGAACGACUGAAGAGAGUACAGUUGGAAGAGGAGGCUGACGAAGUCAUGAUGGCCACAGCAACAUCAUUAUCCAGUCACAGGUUCCCCCCUGGUGCUUAUUCACAGAAUUACAACCCGCGCUAUGCUGACAACACCUACAGCGCUCCUUUUGUCGGAGAUGCUCAUGAAGAAAACCCAGAGAGCAUCUUGGACGAUCACGUGCAGCGAGUCAUGAAGACCCCGGGCUGCCAGUCGCCGGGAACCGGCCGUCAUUCUCCGAAGUCGCGCUCACCAGACGGUUUCCCAGGGAUAAAAGGGAUUGGGAUGCCAGGCCAGGGUAAACAUGCAUCCAGGCACGGUUUCAAGGGAGAAACUAGCCACUUGUACCACCACAAACACCAUAGCCACCACACAAGCGUGGGCAAGCCCAAAGAGCAGGUGGAGGCUGAUUUAGUCACGCAUGUGCAUGGGAGCUUUCCCUGGAGCAUCGAGUCAAGUCAUUACGGAUCAAAGUCUCGCAGCUAUGCAGACGGCAUGGGAUCCAACCCCAUGGACUAUGCAGGGUACAUCGGGAGAGGUGGCACACAGUGUAAAAGAGCAUCAAAGAGAGGUGAGGAAUUGCGGCCUUAUGACAUGCCGGGGCCUGGAGAGGAGAUGGAGAAAAACCAGAAGAUCCUUUUGUGGCUGAUGGAAGGACAGAAAGAAAUGGUUCAGCAUAAGAGAAGCCCAUAUGGGAGCACCACUGGGUCCAAAAGGACUGUUGGACAUGAAGGAUCCCGCCUCGGCUCAACAGGGUCGAUGCAUCCGUGCAUCAGUGGUCAGCUGCGGAACAGUGUGCAGCCGUCUCACCCUUUCAUCCAGGAUCCCACCAUGCCGCCCAACCCAGCUCCCAGCCCCCUCAUUCAGCUGGAGGAGGUUUGCCGGCGACUCGAGGAGGAGAAGAUGAAGUCCGGAACAUUGCAGCCUAAGCAAAGACAUAAAGCUACUAAAAAGCAGCCAUGUGAAAACAUUACUGUGGCGUACUACUUCUGUGAGGAGCUGAUACCUUACAGGACUUCUGUCAAAGGGAGGGUUGUCACGCUGGGCCAGUUCAAAGAACUGCUAACAAAGAAAGGAAAUUACAGGUAUUAUUUCAAGAAGGUAAGCGAUGAGUUUGACUGUGGGGUGGUGUUUGAAGAGGUACGUGAAGAUGACGCUAUCCUGCCCAUCUUUGAGGAGAAGAUCAUUGGCAAAGUAGAAAAAGUUGACUAAAGGGGAGAGAGCCGAGUAGCCAGCGUAUGAUGGACUGAGGAGCAAGUGGAUGGUGAAGAGGAAGUGCUUUACAAAGGAGAAUGGAUAAGGAGGUGAGAAAAAAGGUGGAUCCAGAGUCAGAAGAUUAUAGUAGUGGUCAUUGACUUCUGUAUCACGGCUGCAGCGAAGUUGGACUUGAAGAAGAAAAAUCUCCUUUUCUUUUUGGAGUGUAAUGUAGCAUUGUAAAGUUUACUAGAAAACAAGAACAAAAAGUGCUACUAAUGCUACGUAUUUUUGAUAAUGACUUAUCAAAGGGUUUCCUUUCUAAAGUAACUGCACUUGUAAUUUUUAUAUGUAUUGAUACCAGAUGUGUACAGUUUGUGUUAAAAUACAGCAAAAAUUUUCUAUCUAUUUAAGUAUUUAAAUUGCUACCUAAUUAAAGCUGAAGCGUUGCCCCUCGUGAAGACGAUCCGAUUCCUCGAUAGGGCUGAUUCUUGUUUGCUUUUUUUCAUUAAUUGUAAGAGCCCUCUGGACUCUAAUGUUUGUGACUUUAAAGUGCUUUUAAUACUUCACUUCUCAGAACUUUAUUUAGAGGCAUCAAAUCAGACUGCUUGUUCGUUAUAUUAUAUACUACUGACUCGGUGUAGACCUUCUAAAGAACCCAUUCUUGCAACCCAGUGUAGGAAUUUUAUUAAUGUAUUUAAAAAUAUAUUUAAAAAGUCCAAUACAGAAUAGAUUAUAAUGUCUGUCUUAUGGCUCGGUCACACAUGAGUAAAAGUAGGAUGGCAACCUUCUUGCAACAGUUUGAUUGCACUGAAUUUGUUUGCUGUUGGACUGCAAGUAGUUAUGGCCACAAGCCUCCAGUGGUUUAAUGUGCAACACCCUCAACCUGUGGGUGACCACUUUAGAUCUCCUCUGCCAUUUGAACAGGGCCAAGCAGUCACGAUUUGAGUUGGACUGACUGCAGUCACUCUUAGAUUAGCAAAGGCUGACAAAUAUCUGCCAUUUAAUUUAUAAAUGCAGACUGCAAACAUAUUCCAGUCGUUCUGAGUCAGUCUUGCUGCCUUGCAUCGUUUUGCAUUAGGGGACUUGAUAGGUUGUCAAACACCCAUGCUAUUUUGCAGUUAAAUUACUGUCCUACAGAAACUAUGUCACUAUUUUUGGAGGAAUCUGUGUUUCAUAUCUGUGAGGUUCUGGCUUGACUCUGAAUGUAAGUAGUUAAUGUGAAUUUCUGUGUAUGUAGUUGGCAACAGAUUUUCUCUUUUUGGCGAUUUAUUGCGUGCCAACUUGACCCCAACGAAAGUUGCUUUAAAAAUGGCAACUUACUACAUUUGGUUGAAGCAACCGUUACAAAGGCAACAAGACCACAAGUUUAUUGCAUGUGGCUUCAAUUAUUUUUUUUUGUCACAGUCUCUCAGCCACUGUUUUCCCUGGUAUAGGUGACUGUAACAGAGAACAACCAUAUCCUCCAUACAUUUGCUGUAUAUGGCAUGUAAGUGUGGCUUAUUGCUAUGUUCUUUAAGAUUUGUCCAUUACAUUGCUUUUAUCCUAAAUUAAACUUAACAGGUGAAAAUGGAUGCAAUAAUAGUGACGAAAAAGUUGUGAUUAAAAAUCCCAAGGUGAAUACCUAUGCAACUUGGUUUAUAAUUUUGGUUACUUAACAACAACAAAAAAAACAUUAGGCGUUGCGUUUUUUAAGUCAAAAUAAGCACAUUAAAUAGAAAAAAAUAUAUAAUUAAAGACUUCACAUAUCUGUCAGGCUAUAAAAAGUCAGUAUCAAUAAAUUAAAUAAAGCCAACAUUUGAAACGGCACGAGAUUUUGCAGAUUUUUCGUUCUAAUUAUUUAUUGACUUGUGUAAAACUGAUAUUACCAGUUAAAAUUCUAACUUUUGCUUGUUUGAGGUAAACAAGUUUUAAUUUUUUUUUAAUUUUUAAUUUUUAAUUACAGAAUCUAUUUGGACAUCGUGAUGCCAAAAAGCAUCUCAAUAUCAAUUUCAAGUUUAUUUUUUGUCUUUUCAACUUUGAGGUCCUUAGUUGGCUGGUAAAUUAAUAAGGGACUGCACUAAGAGCUCAUGUCUACUCGAUAGCCUUUUCUAGCUUAUAACAGUCACAUAUUGUGCCUGACAGGAUGUGUUUAUUGACGUUUAGUAAAUUUGCGACGGACACAUUAAACCAAAGAGGAGGAAAAGGAGGCAAAUGCUCAUAAAUGUUGAAGCCUCGUUUCCAAAAUAGCUGUAAGUGAAAGCCUACAGAAUUGAUUUGAUUUCAGCAACUUGCUUCAAAAAAGAUUGGACAGUUUCAUAAUAUACAAACAUGUAAAAUGUAUUAUCCAAGUAACAGGGUUUAAACCAUUUAGGCUUUAAUAUAUUUGAAUAAUACACUUUUACUACAGUGGUGUUUUUCCACCUGUUUGUAUUUUCUGACUUUUUGAUUUUGGCACCAGGUUUAUACUGAAAUAUCUCACACAAAAAAAGUCAGCUAGGGUGUCUAAGGUGACAUUAAGAUUCAAGGCCUCCAUGUUUUAUUUUUUCUUAUUUUCUGUUCUUCCCCAUUGUGCUGAAGCAGUGUGCUCUAAUGAGUGUGUAUUCCUUUGUAAUGGAAAGACCCGUGGGCCUUGAAUUCAAAGUGCUGUAUUGUAUGCGUUGUUGCGUAGAACCUUGUGUAAAGAAUGCCUGCUUUUUUUUUUUCUUGACAUGCUGCUUUUUUUAGAUUUCUAAUUUAAGUCAGUUUAAUAUAUGAAGUGCGUUAGCCUUCUGUUGUCGUUUGCCUGGUAAAUUGUGUAUUUAACAAAUUGAAAUUCCCAUUUAUUAUUUCUUUUAAAAUAUCAACUGUAUCAUCAGUCUUACUGUAAUAGUCCCAGAAGUGAACUUCUCUUAUUUAAGAUCAGUAUGUGGAUAACAAACAGCAGAGUGCCUUUAUUGCUAUGCUAAUGAUGUCUUUAGUGUAACUUUCUGAGGGAUAUGGGGACGAGCUUUAAUUUUGCAUUGCCAUGAGUUUAGUUCAGUAUUUGUAACAGUUCCACCUUUUAAUGUAAAUAUGUAAAACUUAAAUUGCCCCUGACCAGCAGCCCAACUGUCUCAUUCAGUACCUUGGAGCGGUUUCUGUUCAGUGACUGGCAUGGGAACCAUUUGAGGUACCAAUAAAUACUUGCAAUAAAAAAGCACUUGUGUUCAAUACAAA